AUGGCCAUUCCCGCCGAAGCGAACGGGGCGUCAAUAAUAGACGGGAAACCUCCCGUGGUCUGCGUCUUCUGCGGCGCCCACCCCGGAACCUCCCCCGCCCACCUUGAAGCCGCCCGCGCCCUCGCCCACGCGUUCCACAAGCACGGCAUCCACCUCGUCUACGGCGGCGGCACGGUCGGCAUUAUGGGCGAGGUGGCGCGCACAUUGGUCGCGCUUAGCGGGCCGGCCGCCGUGCACGGGGUGAUCCCGGAGGCGCUGAUGCGGCGCGAGCAGGCGGGGCAGAGCACAAUCGACGAGACCGUGUACGGACGGACGACGGUGGUGAAGGAUAUGCAUACUCGGAAGGCGUUGAUGGCGCGGGAGGUGAUGGAGGGGGGAGAAGGAGGGGGGUUCGUGGCGUUGAGUGGGGGGUAUGGCACCCUGGAGGAGCUGAUGGAGGUGACGACGUGGAAUCAGUUGGGGAUUCACGAUAAGGGGAUCGUGGUGUUGAAUGUGGAUGGCUAUUGGGAUGGGUUGAUCAUGUGGGUGAACAAGGCGGUCGACUCUGGGUUCAUUGCGGGGAAUAACGCGGGCAUCAUCGUCGAGGCAAAGGAGGCAGACGACGUGGUGCGGUGUCUAAGAGACUACCAAAAUGCGGAGGGUCGAUUCAAUCUCAAGUGGGACGGGCGAUGA